AUGCCAUUGAGACGUGCGUGUGACCCUGCUUACCCUUUCCAUACCAAACUGACGACAAUAAGGGACCUCAACGUAACUGAAGAUGACCUACUUCAGGCUAGAGAACAUGCGAAAGAUCUCAGCCUCGAGGAAACUCGUGAGAUGAUGAUCAAAGUCCACAGAAUCCAUGAAAAGGACCCCAAUUUCCCCGUCAUCAUCCUCGACAAAGUCAAUGCGUUCAUCAACAAUCAAGACGUUUUUGAUCACCCAGAGAACUAUGCCGACCUCAUCUAUGAGAUCAAGACGGAGGCUGCUUUGAUUACCAACAAUAGUCCUUACGCAGAAGUGCGAGCUGUUGUUGACAACACGGAUGAUGUGAACAUGCCAUGUUCUACAAUACGGGCUUGGGUAAUAGGACUCAUGUUCGUCGUCUUGAUUGCGUUCAUCAACCAACUUUUCUCUAUCAGACAACCUCAGAUCUCUGUCACUGCAAAUGUAGCACAGUUGCUGUGCUACCCAGUCGGCAAAGCAGCAGAGGCUGUGCUUCCUGACUGGGGAUUCACACUCUUCGGCACCCGGCACAGCUUGAAUCCUGGGAAGUUCUCGACAAAAGAACACAUGUUGAUAACUAUCAUGGCAAGUGUUGGCUACGCUACACCAUAUACAGACAACAUCAUUUGGUCUCAGUAUCUUCCACAAUACUUCAAUCAAGGCUAUGCCGGCCACUUCGGUUACCAGAUUUUGAUCGCCCUGUCUACGAACUUCAUUGGCUACGGUGUUGCUGGUCUCUGCAGACGCUUCCUCGUCUACCCCGCAUACUGCGUGUGGCCUGCAUCUCUUGUCACAAUUGCUCUGAAUGAUGCUUUUCAUACCGAAAAGAAUAUUCCCGUCCCAGGACCUUUCAAGAAGUUUUUCACCACCUCGCGAUUACGAUUUUUCUGUUACUCAUAUUCAGCCAUGUUUAUCUACUUUUGGUUUCCAGACUACAUUUUCCAAGCUCUAAGCAUCUUCAACUGGAUGUCCUGGAUUGCGCCAAACAAUGUCAAUCUCAACACUGUCACUGGUAUGAAUAAUGGUGUUGGAAUCAAUCCAUUCCCGACUUUCGACUGGAAUAUUUUAUUGUGGGACUCUCCGCCACAGGAUCCAUUGAUGGUACCAUUCUUCAACACUGCCAAUAAAUUCGUUGGCUGCUUUCUCUCGGCUUUUGUCAUUCUUGGCAUAUGGUACUCCAAUGCUUUCAACACCGGCUAUCUUCCACUUAACUCCAACAGAGUCUUUGAUCAUUUUGGAGAACUAUAUAAUGUUUCCAAAGCUAUUAAUGCGAAGGGGUUGUUUGAUGCUGAGAAAUAUGAGGCAUACUCCCCCGCCAACCUUUCCGCUGGGUACUCCACACUGUACAUGUUCUUCUUUGCAACAUACACAGCCACUAUAACCUAUGCGUACCUGUACCAUCGCCAUGAGAUCAUCAUGGGUUUCCGCAAUCUGUAUAACAGCUUCCGCAAAGAUAAAGACAUCGCGUAUGAAUACACUGAUGUUCAUAAUCGGCUCAUGUCUGCAUAUCCAGAAGUCCCCGAGUGGUGGUUUAUGAUAUGUCUUCUUUGCGCGAUUGGCAUGGGAUGUGCAGCGAUUGCUGGCUGGGAGACAUAUACAACCGUCGGCGUUGUGUUCUAUGGUAUUGUCAUGUGUUUGAUCUUUGUCAUACCCAUCGGUAUCAUCAAAGCCGUUACCGGAAUCGAAGUCACGCUGAACGUUCUUGCCGAGUUUAUUGGUGGUUCAUGGGUUGCUGGGAAUGCUCUAGCUAUGAACUACUUCAAGAGUUACGGAUAUGUCACCUGUGCCCACGCUCUUCGAUUCGCGAAUGAUUUGAAGCUGGCACACUACAUCAAAAUUCCUCCAAGACAGACAUUCUGGGCACAGAUGAUCGCGACCAUCGUCUCAAGUUUAGUCUGUACCGGUGUCUUGAAUUUCCAGAUGAAUCAGAUCGAGGGUGUGUGCACUCCAACGCAAAAGAAUCAUUACACUUGUCCCGGUAUCAAUCAAUUCUUCACUGCUGCCGUCCUUUGGGGAACCAUCGGUCCUAAAAAGGUCUUUGGCAAGGGCGGGCAAUAUACUGUCCUCCUCGUUGGCUUUCCACUCGGCUUCGUCUUACCAUUCUUCAUUUACUGGGCCCAGAAGAAGUUCCCCAAGCAGACUUGGCUUCGCCAAACUCAUAUUGUGGCAAUGAUGUAUGGCGCUAUCGCUUGGGCUCCAUACAAUGUCAGUUAUCUGUGGCCAGGUGUGCCAAUCGGUUGGUUGAGCAUGAUUUACAUGAAGAAAAGGUUCCUUGCUUUCUGGUCGAAGUAUAAUUAUGUUCUCUCCGCCUCAUUCUCCUCCGCUAUUGCCAUCGCUGCGAUUAUCAUCUUCUUUGCUCUGCAGUGGACUGAGAUAACACUUGAUUGGUGGGGCAACGAUGUCAGUUUCCAGGGAUGCGAGGGUACGCCUUGUGUGUUACAUACGCUUGCUCCAGGAGAAUACUUUGGUCCGAGAAUUGGAGAGUUUCACUAG